AUGGAUUAACCCAAUUAUUAAAGUGUUGCAGAAUACAAAGAAUGGCUUUACCAAAAGAAUGUAGCUUAUCAAAUUGAAUAAUUCCUUUGCCAAAAAUUGGGUUAGGAGGCAGAGUUGAAUCUGUAAUGCACUUUUUCAAGAAUGCCUGUAACUAUACCAAUACGACAUCAAAAUGUGGCUAGCAUUAAAUGCAUAUUUGAUCUUGAAUAAUGGCUUGAGUUUUUCGAAAGCAAACUUAAUAAUCAAAAUAAUUUCAGUUGUCCAGGAUGCAAAUAAUAUGUGUAUUUUUCAGACUUCGGGAUAGACUUCACAUUAUAUCACAUUUUGGCAGAAAAAAAGAAAUUAGAACAAGGGGGUUAAAAAUUAAUAGGAGAUAGAAUAAUCUACAGAUUUAACAAUGGAAACAAAGCUUAUUAUGCAAUAUCGAAGGUGGACAAGUAGACCAAAAUCAAAAUACCUGGAUCAGGCCCUGUUAUUAGAUUGACAGUUCAAAAUACCAAUAUUAAUAAUCAGAAUUUGAGUCAAAGAUAGCAAGAUAUCCAAGAAUAAAUUAACUAUACUAUUUCUUAAGUAAAGGAUUGCAUCUCUUCGAAAUUUUACUAAGGUAAGCAGAAGGGAAAAUAAAUAAAUUAAAUGAAGCAGGCCUUAAAAGGGAAAAUAGAUUAAUUGAAAUCUACAUUUAAAUAAUCUCUCAAUCUAAUUGAAUUAGGCGUCUAAUCCUUGGAAACUUAGUUUGUUUUUGGAUUCAAGAAACUACAAAAUGAUGGAAAGAAUGCAGGGAGUGUGCUAAUUGUGUAUUAUCCACAUCUGGGAAUUUGGGCAGAUUAUGAAAUAAAGACAACACCAGAGAAGCAUUUCUAAUUUGAAUAUCAAUUAUAUGUUAAAGAAUAGAGUUUAGAGUAGGAGAACAUUAUCUACGUAAUAGGAGGAAGAGUCUAAAACUUGGUACCCACAGAUUUAUUUGUAAGGAUAAGAUUUCCUAAGGAUCCUUUCGCUUAAAAUUAAUAAGCUUCAAUUGAGUAUCUUCCAAAAUUACCAAAUGCUGGGUUCAACUAUUUGGGAGGAUGCUACAAUAAUAAUGUGUAUAUCUUUUGUGGAUAAAAAAGAACACCAGAUUAAUCAUAGGUCAUAAUUGAUACAAUAUUUGACGCUGGAUAUGUUUUUAAAAAUAAUUAAUGGAGUAAAUUAAAUUAGAAAGUUGAGAGAAGAUAUGAUGGUAGUUGUACUAUUAUUAACCAUUAAAAAUAUGAUAAAUGUCUACUCUUAUAUGGAGGAGCUGAAUAAUUACCUGAUGGAAGAAUUGGGUACAACAUUAAAGAACAGCAACAUAUAGUUUAGGUGUUCUAAUUUAAAUAAGAAAAAUUCUUAGGCAAUGGAUUCAAAUUGUAAUUCUCAGAUAAGAAUGAGGAUUAGUAUUAAAAAUAUAUGCUCUCAAGUCCAAUAUUUUCAGUUCCGUUUGGUACUCACAGUGAAUUGUUGAUUUCAGGAGACUUUUUGAAAAAGAAUUGGAAAGAAAAUAGGGAAGUGUUCAUCUUUGAUUGGCAAGAUGGGACAAUAAAAAAGAAUUAAUUGUAAAGCUAGGCUCUUGAUUAUUAAUUACUUUCCCAUAUUAAAAGAAAUCACAAUUACUAAGGUGCUGAAUUUCUAUAGCCUGUUUAAGAUGUUGAAGGUGCCUUCAUGUUUGGAAAUUAUUAUACAAUUCACUAAGAUGAAACUUAGAAAGAUUAAAAGACAAAAAUCUAAAAUUUUCAGUUAUUUGAAUACAAGGUAGCCAAUGGACAAGUUUCAACUAGACCAUUCGUGCAAAAAGAUAUUUCAAUAUAAAUAGCAGUUGAUGCUUUGCAAAAAUUACCAAAUUAAGAAAAUAAAAUAUUAUGAAGUCUGUCUUAUCAAUAUAUUAAAAUAUGGAAAAUAGAAUAAA